AUCUCUUCAAAAAUCUUUUCGGAUUACUUCACAGAAGCACAAAGUCUCUCUUUCAAGCUUCUUCGAUCUUUGCUUCACCAAACCCUAAAACAUGUCCGGCGGAUUUUUCCGGGGUACUUCCGCCGAGCAGGAUACUCGGUUCUCUAACAAGCAAGCCAAAUUGAUGAAGAGUCAGAAAUUUGCCCCGGAGUUGGAGAAUCUGGUGGAUGUGACCAAAGUGAAGAUGGAUGUUAUGAAGCCUUGGAUUGCGACUAGAGUCACUGAGCUUCUUGGUUUCGAAGAUGAAGUUCUCAUCAACUUUAUUUAUGGUCUGCUUGAUGGGAAGGUACUGAAUGGUAAGGAGAUUCAGAUAUCGCUAACUGGAUUCAUGGAGAAGAAUACUGGCAAGUUUAUGAAAGAACUCUGGACGCUUCUUCUAAGCGCACAGAAUAAUUCAAGUGGUGUUCCACAGCAGUUUUUAGAUGCUAGAGAAGCUGACACAAAGAAGAAACUGGAAGCAGCAAUGCAAAAAGCAAACCACGAGCAUGAUUCAUUGAGGAAAAUAGACAGCAGCGUUGAUCUCAAGGGGAAAAAUGGGAUGGAGAAAAAACCUUCAAGAGAUCUUCCGGAGGAUGGGAGAAGGGCUGACGAGAAGAAUGGUGUAAAAGAAACGAGAAGGGACCUGAUAUCUCCACGUCGCAGAGAAGCAUCCCGCUCACCCCUUAGAGGGUCACGUUCUAGGUCUAUCAGCAAAACAAAUUCAGGCUCUAGAAGUUAUUCUGGUGAACGGAAAUCCAGGAGCUUAUCACGAUCAUCAGAUGCCUCCAUCUCACCCAGAAAGCGGAGAUUGUCGAAUUCAAGGCGUAGAUCCAGAUCACGUUCCUUGCGUAGGUCUCUGUCUCCUCGGCGACGUAGGAUACAUUCUGCUUAUGGAAGCAGGUCUGGGUCACCAAUUAGACGUCACAGGCGAUCUACGCCUGAGAGACGCUGCCAGUCACCACCCCCUUCAAGGCAGCGCAGGUCUCCAUCACCCUUUAGGCGACGCAGGUCACCAUCUCCGCCUGCAAGGAGACGCAGGUCACCAUCCCCGCCUGCAAGGAGACGCAGAUCACCAUCACCACCUGCUAGGUCACGCAGGUCACCUUCACCACCUGCUAGGUCACGCAGGUCACCGUCACCGCCUGGUAGACAUCGCCGAUCUCCUCUGCCCUUUAGAAGGCGUAGGUCUCCUUCACCACCAGCUAGAAGGCACAGGUCUCCGUCUCCACUCUAUAGGCGCAACAGGUCGCGAUCACCACUGGCUAAGCGAGGAAGGUCUGACUCACAGGGGAGGUCUCCCUCACCGGUGGCUAGGCGCAUGACACCUACUGGGGCAAGAUUGCCUACACCACCGCUGACAGACGUAGGAGACGGUCUCCAUCCUCGAGUAGAUCUCCUUCUAGGUCGUUCUCACCUCCUGUUCGCCGUAGAUCUCCUUCUCCAAGUAGAAGAAGGCAACAGAGGGACAGAAGAUCUCCUGGACAUCCAUCUGAAGAGCAAGAUAGAGAGGACGGGAUUCAAAGUUCCAAGCUAUUAAAGAGAACUGCAGUGCAGUUGCCUGAUAUUGAUAAGAGGAAACAAUUACCGGAAAAGGUGCCAGAAGUUAGGCGUGCAGAACAUGUGAGGGAGCAAGAGAGAAAGAGCAGUGAUAAGAUACCAGAGAGGCGUUCCAGUAGAACCCAUGGUUCAGAGAUGCCCCCAGUUUCACCUAAGGAAUCGCUUAGAGUAGAAAAUUCAGAAGGAAAGAGUCAGCCUCUUUCUAAUAAGGUGAAGGGCAGUGAUCAGGUUGAGAAAGAGGAUAACAGCGACUUGGAUGCAAACCUUUCCUCUGAUUCUAAGGAAAAUAUCAGACAUCAUACUAAGGAUAGAAAGAGAAGAAAGGAGAAAAGGUCUUCAAGGGAAGAAGUAUCCUCAGAUGAUAAGGGCAGUUCUGAUUCUGACCUGGAAGAUAGGAAGGAGGCUAAAAGGAGGAGGAAGGAAGAAAAGAAAACGAGAAAGGAGGAGAAGAAACGCAAGCGAGAGGAGAGACGUCGUAAAAGGGAAGAACGUCGUGGUGGGAAGCUGAAACAUAAGAAUCAAGAGCAUUCUGAUACUUCAGAGGGCGAUGAAGCUGAGACCUAUCCUAAGAAUAAAAAAGGGGAGUCAGAUCCAAAGAGGCUUGAGAUUGAGUUGCGAAACAAAGCACUCGAGUCACUGAAAGCAAAGAAGGCAAAAUUGGACAAGUGACAAUUUCUCUGCUAUUCUUGAGUGCAGACUUUAUGCAGAGAUUCAUGGCUCAUCUUCUGGUAAUAGUUUCUUGCAUUGAGUAGAUUUUUAUGACAAUUUGGUA